CUGGCCGCCCGCCGGGGACCCCCAGGGGGGGCUGGAGGAGAGCGAGGACCCCCCCUCCCCCUGCAGCUGCCCUCCAUCCCCCCCUGCCCCAGGGGGUGGGGCUUGUCCACUCAAGCCCUUCCCCCUGGAGCCUGCCAGGGGGCAUGGCACAGGGACCUCGAGGGACCAAAGCUCAGAGGAUGCUGGGAAGGGUCGGAGCCAAGGGAUGUCUCCAGACCAGAGCCCAGAGGAUGCUGGGAAGGGGCGUGGCCAAAGGAUAUCUCCAGACCAGAGCCCAGAGGAUGCUGGGAAGGGGCGUGACCAAGGGACAUUGCCAGACCAGAGCCCAGGGGAUGCUGGGAAGGGGUGUGGCCAGCCCUUGGCCCCGCCCCCACCGGAGCCUGAGUUCCUGUCCUGGGCCGAGAUCCGCCGGGCCUGGCAGGAGAAGGAGCGGGGGCUGGGGGCUGCUGGGGCUCCGCCCCCAAUGCUGCGGCGGGGGCGGGUCCGGGGGCAGGGCCCAAGGCUGGAGCCCGCCCCCUGGGCGGAGCCCCUGCGCAUCGUGGAGGACUCGGACACUGCUGGGGGGCCGUGGGCUGAGGGGCCGCCCCUGGCACCGCUCCCGCCCCUGGCGCGAAGCAACGUGCAGCUCCUGGCGCAGCUCUACAGCGAGCGGAUUGGACGGCUGCGCAUGCCUGCCCGGCCCCCCCGGCCCUCCCUGGCCCCCCGCACCGUGCUGCUGCCCCCCACCGCUGCCGAGAUGGAGAUGGAGAGGGAGACGGAGCUGCCCGGAGCCCCUGCCUGCGAGCCGCGGCUCUACGGGCACGUGCUGGUGCGGGACCCCCCACGCCACGUGUGCUGUGUGCAGGAGACACCGCCGCGCCUCAGCGCCGCCCGGGGCUGCACCCGCGACCUCCAUGCCACCCGGCCCCCGCCCCUCCGCCCGCCCGCACGCCUGGUUCCCACCGCUGCCACCACCCAGGAGUCUCCAGGCCCAGAGGACGGGACACAGAUGUACAGCACCGUGCACCCGGCUCCUUUGGAGCCUGCGGAGGGCACCCCACUCCCACGCGGACGCCUGGGUCCCGCAGCCGAGGACCCGCCAGAGACUGCCACCCGCAGCCCCGCCAUGCUGCCAGGCCCGGAGGAGAUGACACAGACGUACAGCGCCAUGCACGCAGCCUCGCCAGCGGCUGAGGGGAGCACCCUUGUGCCUGUCGCCACCCCCGUGCCUGUCACCACCCUGCUCCCGCCUGCGGCCGAGGACCCCCUGGAGAUAGGGGCUGCCUGCAGCCCCCUGGAAUCCCCCGGCCCAGAGGAGGAGACAUCCAGCGCCGUGCACACGGCCCUGCUGGGGACAGAGGGGGGCACCCUGGUGCCCAUCGCCCCCCUCCUCCCACCCGGACUCCUGCAUCCCACGGAGGAGCCCCUGGCGGAGACAGCUGUCCCCCAGCACCCACCGGGCCCGGAAGAGGAGACGCCGCCGUGCAGGGCCGUGCGCCCAGCCCUGCCGGGGGCUGAGGGGAGCACCCCAGUGCCCCUCGCCCACCCUGGCAGCCCAGAUCAGGGCCCGCCCCUGGCCCCCCGGCGCCCCUCGGCCCUGUCCCGAUACCUCGCCGCCUCCUGCAUCAGCCAGAGCCUGGCCAAGCGGCCUGGGGGGGGCGGCACCCCCAGCCCCACUCUGCCCCGCGCCAGCUACGCCACCACCGUCAACAUCCAGCUGGGGGGUGGCGGGCGCGUUGCCGGCUUCCGCAUGGCCCAGGUCAGCCUCACUCCUCCCCCGUUAGCCCCCCCCAGCGCCCGCCGCCUGGGCGCCUGCCAGGGGCCCCCCAAGACGUGACCUCCCCGCCCCACUCCGUGGGGGCACCAGGACCAAAGGGAAGGCUGAGGAGGGGAGGGGUUAACAGGCCCUGGGGGGGGGAUAAGGUGGGCAGAUCCCACCUGGGGUUAAAGUGUGGGGUGGGGUAUUGUGCAGAUGGCUGUGGGGAUCCCACGGCUUCCACCAAGUGCUGAGGAGCAGUGUCAGUUUACACCUGGGUGUGGAUUUGGCCCCCCAGGAGCCAACUGCAGGGGAUCCCACUUCUGGAACCAAUUGCAGUGGUGCCAGUUUACACCUGGCUGUGGGGUUGCCCCCCUGCAUGCCAACUGGGGUGGGGGAGGAGGGAGUCCCCCUGCUAACACUAGUUAUCCUGGUGUGAUAACUGUUUACACUAUUGGUCCCUGUAGAUUUGGCCCUGAGGGUACUUGUGGGGGUCCCACCCUACAACCACUUGCCGUGGUGCAGUGCCAGUUUAUGCCCAUCUGUGGAGUUGCCAAGUGCAAGGGGGGGGAAUCCUACUGCUAACACCAUCAAUGCCACUGCUGCAAUGCCAGUUUACACCUCUGCUCCCAUGGAUUUGGCCCUGGGGAGGUCAGUGGGGUUCCCACAGCUGACACCAAUUCUACAGGUGUGACAUUGGUUUAUGCCCCACUGUGCAGUGGGGCCCCUGGGUGCCAAAGGAAGGGAUCCCAAUACUGCCACCAGCUCUACUGGUGCAAUGUCAAUUGACACCAUGGGUACAAUGCCAGUUUAUACCCCUCUGCAGCCGUGGCCCCCUGGGUGCCAGUUGAUGUGGAUCCCAUGGCUCCCACCACUUCUACUGGUGCAGUGCCAACUGACACCCCUCCCCCCUGUGGAUUUGGCCCCGUGGAGGCCGUGGGGCUCCCACGACUGCCACCAGUGCAGUAUACGUCCGCACUGAGGGUUUGGCUCUGUGGGUGCCAAUGGAGCUGCACUGAUUUACACCUCCCAAUGCAGUGACACUGGGGGUCCGGUCCUGGGGGAGGGGGGGCUGUGCUCCAUGGUGCAAUUAGAGCCGAAGGAAUCUUUGCCCCUCCCCCCUUCUGCCUCAGUUUCCUAGGCUCCUGGGGGCCGUAGUGGCUGUGCGGGGGGCACUACCGUAAUUCAUGGACUAAUCGAGCCUCCAAGUGCAAUGGGAGCAGGUUACAACUGUGGGUUGGGCUCUCCUCCCAGGCCUGGGUUGUGUGGUCUAGCGGUGAGCGACGGUGCCAGGACUCCGGGGUUCUUUUCCCAGGCCUGGGUGUUGUGUGGUCUAGCGGUGAGCCACGGUGCCAGGGCGCCUGGGUUGUGGCCGGUGUGUGUGGCCUCGUGGCUACAGCCCGGGGGCCGGGACUCCCGGGUUCUUCCAGCCUGAGGAAGAAGGGCACGUGUUUUGGGGGGGCGGUGUGGAGCCCAGGCUCCCCGGUUCCUAGCUGCAAGCCCGAGGAAGGGAGCGAGGCCUAGUGGCUGGAGGGUGCUGGGAGCCUGGACUCCUGGGUGCCACAGCUCGAGCUGUCCCCCCCCAGCAGCAUUCAACCCCCAGCCCCUGCACAGCCCGGCUCCUACCCCCCGCGGCACCUGGGGGCUCACGGGCCAGGCGGGCUUGUAUCGGUUUUGGAAAGGGGCCCCCCCCCCCCGCCAAUAAAGAGCAGC